UCUGAAGGAUAACAAUGGCGGUAUCCAUUACUCUCUCUUUCCCGGCUGCUGGCGUCGGAAUCCGAGACCUCCAGAGACUGGGUGGUCUUCGACCUCAAACUACUCUUCCCAAGUCUUCUUCUCAUAAAUAUUUACCCUGCAACUGUUUCUGGCAACUACCCAGAACUCAAAACACGUCGAGGGAAUUGCUCACACUGCGUUUGGCUCAGGGUAAAGGAGCUGAAGAUAGUUCCAUUCCGAAUGUGAGUGAAGAUACAGAAGAAAUGUUUGACGACUUGUUUGAUAAAUAUGGAAAGGUCGUAUAUAGUAGAAGUGAUGAGAAGCGUCCUAGUGAAGAGCUUGAUGAUGAUGCUGAGAGCUUAUCAUUUGCUGUAGAAAUGGCCAAAGUUGCAAAUGAGGUCAAGGCCGGAGAUAUAAAGGUGCUUUUUGUGAAGCCUCUAGUAUACUGGACUCGGUUUUUUAUUAUUGUCACAGCAUUUUCUCGUCCACAAAUUAAUGCAAUUGGGACCAAGAUGAGAGAUAUGGCAGAGAAAAAGUAUGGAAAAAUUCCAACUGGAGACGCUAAACCCAACUCAUGGACCCUGUUGGACUUUGGCGAUGUUGUUAUCCAUAUAUUUCUCCCGCCACAGCGAGCUUUCUACAACUUGGAGGAAUUCUAUGGUAACGCUACCCCUGUUGAACUACCUUUCGAAAAUCAGCCACCAAUGCAAGGCUAAGACGGGCCUAUUUUCCCAACAUAUAGCACUCGGAUGCAUUCAUUGGUUAGACCUCUGUCAGCUUUGGAGUCUUCAUCCACUAACAAAUGUUGUGACUGACAGAAUGUUACUGAAAAGAAUCUCUGGGCAGAGCAGGGUCAUUUGGGAGUAAUUCACGGUGCAGUACGCAUGGUGCUACUGUUUAAGUGACUAAGCUGUUACAAAUCUACAUCUUCUUUAGUCUUUUAAGGAAUAACUUCAUUGCCAAAUUUAGAGGCUUCAAUAUGUAAUAUCCAUGAGCUGUUUAUGCUUAGGAACUUCAAACACUAGUGUAGCUUACUAUUUUUGUGUAUUUCUUUAGGAUUACAAGUUGAAGGUUCCAUUCUCAAAAAAAAAAGUUGAAGGUUCAUAUGA